GGUGCCCCCGUCCCCCCGCAGCAGCACCCCGGGCCCGGGCCCCCCCCGGGGCCGCGAUGGAGAUCUCCUACCUGUACACGCGGAAGCGCAGCGAGUUCGGCCGGCCCUGCUGCUUCUCCGACCAGGCGGCCGCAGUGACCGUGGACAUCCCCCCCGACCCCAGCCUGGCCGGUAACUUCGUGCCCAGGGACCCGGUGCACAGCGCCGUGCAGCACAGCAGCGAGAUGUCGGAGCAUGAGGUCAACACGGACCGAGUGAAGGUGCAGUCCCGUGGUGUCAACCACGUGGAGGGCGGUUGGCCCAAAGAUGUCAACCCGCGUGAGGCGGACCAGACAGCGCGCUUCAGGAAGAAGCUGGAGAAGGAUGAGCACUACAUCAGCGUGGUCACACAGCUCGGCACCCUGAUGGAGCACUGCGUCAAGCAGAACAACGCCAUCGACAUCUAUGAGGAGUACUUCGACGAGGAGGAUAUGAUAGAGGUGGAAAUCGAGCCCCCUUCUGCAAAAACCAUCAAUGCCAUCAGGGAUCCCAACAUAGCCAAGAGGACAGCCACGCACCUUUCCUGGUGCCCCGACGCCAGCAAGAAACUGGCAGUGGCUUAUUCCAUCCUGGAGUUCCAGCAAAACAAGAAAGACAUGAGCCUUGACUCGUACAUCUGGGAUCUUGAGAACUCCAACAAGCCCGAGCUGGUUCUCAAGCCGCCAUCCCCUCUCGUGACCCUGGAAUACAACCCCAAAGACUCGUACGUGCUGGUGGGAGGAUGCUACAACGGGCAGAUGGCUUACUGGGACACCAGGAAAGGGCAGCUUCCCGUGGAGGUGUCCACCGUGGAGGUCAGCCACAGGGACCCUGUGUACGGAACCAUCUGGUUGCAGUCCAAAACAGGCACCGAUUGCUUCUCAGCCUCCACCGAUGGGCAGGUGCUGUGGUGGGACAUCCGCAAGCUGUCCGUGCCCACGGAGAAGCUGGUCUUGGACAUCUCCCGGAAAGGGAUCCUGCAGAAUGCUCUGGGUGCCGUCACGCUGGAGUUCGAGAGCACCCUGCCCACCAAGUUCAUGGUGGGCACGGAGCAGGGCAUCAUCAUCCUCUGCAACCGCAAGGCCAAGACACCCGCUGAAAAAAUCACCUGCACCUACAGUGGCCACCACGGGCCUGUCUAUGCACUGACCAGGAACCCCCUGUACCCCAAAAUCUUCCUGUCGGUCGGCGACUGGACUGCUCGAAUCUGGUCGGAGGAUGCCAAGGAGUCAUCAAUUAUGUGGACCAAGUACCACUUCGCCUACCUGACGGACGGGUGCUGGAGCCCUGUGAGGCCAGCUGUGUUCUUCACCACCCGCUCAGAUGGGACACUGGACAUCUGGGACUUCCUCUUCAAGCAGAAUGACCCCUUCCUCAGCCUGAAGGUCUGCGACGAGCCCCUGUCCAGCCUGCGCGUGCAGGACAACGGCUGCAUAGUUGGCUGCGGGUCCAAGGUGGGCACCGUCAGCGUGAUGGAGAUCUCCUCGGUGCUGUGCACCCUCCAGAGGAACGAGAAGAACUUGGUCAAUGCUAUGUUCGAGCGGGAGACGAGGCGGGAGAAGAUCCUGGAGGCGCGGCACCGGGAGAUGCGGCUGAAGGAGCGCACCAGGUCCGAGAGCCAGGUGAUAGCGACAGAGGAGGUUCCCACAGAGAACCCCCAGGAGGUGUUUGACCGGACCCAGAAGGAGUUCUUAGAGGUGAUCCAAGCAGAGCUGCAGAGGAAGGUGCGGGCAGAGGUCCAGCGGCUGCAUGGCAAGGUUAAGGACCACAUUGAGGAGGCAGCUUUGCCCGAGGAAGAGAGCCAGAUGCCUGAGGAAGAGAGCCAGGUGCUCGUGGAAGAGAGCCAGCAGCCCGAGGAAGAGGAGGGGAAGAAGGAGGAUGCUGCUAAGGAGGAGUAGCCGAGGCAGGACCGGUGGGUCACACAGGAGCCCUCGUGCUGGGCACAUGCUCCCUGCCCCUUCCCCCUCCUGGUUCAUUGGUUUUUAAUUCAGGGUGAAUAAACAGGAGUUUUCCGCGUCA